GGAACUGGUAGGGAGAGCGAGGGAGGGGCCGGGGCCAGGUAGAGCUGCCCUGCGGCGGGGCGAGGAGGGCCGAAAUGAGGUGCUGCCGCCUCUGCAGAUUCGGUAACUUCCGGCCCCGGUCUCGUUCCUCUGCGUCCGCCGACGACCCUUCCUACAGCCCCCCCCCCCCCCCCCCGUUCACGGGGCGGCCACGAGGGGCCGUCCGGUUCCUUUCCCAGCUCAGGCCUGCCCCUCCCCCGUGCUUUGCAGACGCGGCCCGCGGCCCCCGGCGGCUUAUGCGCGUGGGCCUGGCGCUGAUCCUGGUGGGCCACGUGAACCUGCUCCUGGGGGCCGUGCUGCACGGCACCGUCCUGCGACACGUGGCCAAUCCCCGCGGCGCCGUCACCCCGGAGUACACCACGGCCAAUGUCAUCUCCGUGGGCUCGGGGCUGCUGAGUGUUUCCGUGGGACUUGUGGCCCUCUUGGCAUCCAGGAACCUUCUGCGCCCAAGACUGCACUGGGCUCUCCUGGCACUAGCUCUGGUGAACCUCCUCUUGUCUGCUGCCUGCUCCCUGGGCAUCCUCCUUGCUGUGUCACUCACUGUGGCCAACGGUGGCCGCCGUCUUAUUGCUGACUGCCAUCCAGGGCUGCUGGAUCCUUUGCUACCGAUGGACAAAGGGUCUGGACGCACUGACUGCCCGUUUGACCCUACAAGAAUCUAUGAUACAGCCUUGGCUCUCUGGAUCCCUUCUUUGGUCAUGUCUGCAGGAGAGGCUGCUCUAUCUGGUUACUGCUGUGUGGCUGCACUCACCUUACGUGGGGUUGGGCCCUGCAGGAAGGAAGGGCUUCAGGAGCAGCUGGAGCAACUGACAGAGCUUGAACUUCCUAAGUGUAAAAGACAGGAAAAUGAACAGCUACUGGAUCAAAAUCAAGAAAUCCAGGCAUCACAGAAAAGCUGGGCUUAGGACAGGUGCUGAUCCAGAGGUUCAGUACACAAGGUUUUCCACCUCCCCAGGAUGACAUAAACAGUUAUAAUAAAAUAACUCUUUUCUUCUA